AUGCAGGUGCUCCACUGGCCAUUGUGUGCUGCAUGUGAUUGGGUCUGGCGUACCCUUUACCAUAUUCGUAAAGUUAUAUGUGGUUGUACGUCGGCGUUUGUGGCACAUACACUUCCUGUGUGUGAUAUACAUGAACCAGCUGAUUUGACUGUAGCAGUAUGGGUUCCCUACACUAGUGUCGAGACGCACGAUAUGGCGGCCAUCGGGGAAGACAGACGACCUGCAGGCAUUGGUUGUAUAGCGGAUGUGAUAGUGCUCGGGCACCAGGUGGCCGUUGUGAUGGGUUUCGGUCGCCAUAAACUAGCUAUAAACUCCGCUGCGGAGCCCACUGACAUCGUUGUUGGUGUUUAUGUUAGAGGUUGUCCUUCUAGUGUCGAUGCACCACUCCUAUCGAGGGACUGCAUUGGUCGAACCUGGCUAAUAGUGUCACCUUCUUUCCGUUGUGGUCCUUUAUCUGUCAUUUUCAACUCCUGA